GACUGGAAAUGGCUGAUAACGAGACGAAGGAGGCAUCACCUUCACAAGCAGAAGGCGUACAGCAAAAGUCUGCCCCAGCAGGGCCUACACACCGUCGUGUUGUUAGAGGAAAAGCUCCCGAGUUGCCAAUCUUUGAGAACAAAAACUGGUUGAUACACCUACAUUACGUUCGGAAAGAACUCGAUGCUUGCAAGUCUCUCAUCCACGAGCAACUGCAAGAGACACAGGGCAUGUGCGAGUAUGCUCUCUACGUGCAAGGUCUGAUCGAGCGACGUGAUGGCAAUAUCGAGAUGUCGUUAGAUUUCUUCAAACAGGCUCAUCAGUUAAACAAACAGAGUGCAGCCGUUACAAAGCAAGUUGCAAGAUCCUUGUUUCUGCUGGGAAGACACCGAGCUGCACUGGAAGCAUACAACGAUGCCGCUCGAUUGAGUCCAAGAGAUUGGGAGAUAUGUCACAACCAAGGUGUGUGCUACAUACACUUGAAAGAUUACAGUCAGGCUCGGGAAUGUCUACGAAAGGCAAUCCAGUUGAACAGGGCUGUCAUCUCGUUUAUCCAUCUUGGACGCGUUUAUUUACUUCAAGGAGAGAUAAGCAUGGCACAAGAUUUGUAUCGACAUGCUGUUGAAUUUAAUCCCGAGAACCCUGACUUGAUGGCGACUCUAGGAUUGCUGUAUCUCGAGACUUCCCAGCCACAGAAAGCUAUGAACAUGCUGGGAAAUGCUUUGACAUAUGACCCAACUCAUUUCAAGGCAAUUCUCGCAGCUGGAUCGAUAAUCCAGGGACAGGGAGACAACGACGUUGCUCUAACCAAGUACAGAGCAGUGAUACAGACUGCUCCUGAGUCGCCACAGCUGUGGAACAACAUCGGCAUGUGCUUCUUUGGCAAAGGAAAGCACGUGGCGGCCAUUAGUUGUUUGAAAAGAGCCUCGUAUCUGGCACCGUUUGAAUGGAAGAUACAAUACAAUCUUGGACUUGUGCACUUGACCUUCAAGCAGUAUGCUUCCGCGUUUCACUUCCUCAAGGCAGCUUUGACACUCCGACCACGUAAUGGGCAGAUAUUUAUGCUAUUAGCAGUUGCUUUGACGCACUUAGAUGACUUUGAAACAGCAAGGAAGGCUUAUGAACAAGCAGCAGGACUAGAACCAACGAAUCCUACCAUUCGUCUUAACUACUCUCUUUGUCUCUAUAAAGCGGGUGAUCAUCGGGCGGCUUCUCAACAAUUUAAGUUCUUUGAGGAAAAUUUUACAGCACAACAGGGAGAAGUCGAUCCAGAGGUCCUUGCUGUGAGUUCACGUCUAGGGCCUGCACUUCAAGUGGGGGAAGAGCUCGUGUGGAGAGAAACUGUAGCAGCCGCUGGUAAUCAUCCAAUGAAAAAUUCACCAAAGCCAAGAAAUAGUGAUGGUUCACAAGGCACUCGUAAACCAAUGGCCACGGCUGGUCAGUCUUGACUAAUGGCUUGAUUUUAGUUCUGUAAUCUUCUUAUGUAUAUGCAUACGUGAGAUGAGAUACACA